AUGCCUUUGGACGAAGAAGGCGCGAAGUGGUCGUGCGAACCAUGUAUCCGUGGCCAUCGUUCCUCAAAAUGCCAACAUUUCGACAGAUUGAUGAUGAAGGUGCCGAAGGCCGGACGUCCACUUGCUAAAUGUCCCCAUCCAAAAGGGACAUGUAGCUGCCAAAAGACUUAUGCAUUUAUGAUACGUAUCCCAAAAGGCUCGACGUGUCUCUGUAGACCGGUAUAUCAAGUGCCUGUAGACUCGAAUGAGUCCGCACCACCCACUCCGACUGCGCUUCCCCCUACAGCUUCACCCGCUCCUGGUAAAAUCCAGAAGUCAUCUAGAAGGCAAAUCAAAACUGCCCCCGAGAGUAUUGCGAAAGCCCUAGAUUCUAUACCAGACUUUGGAAAACAACAUCACGAAACCGGCACUUCGAGCCAUAUCUCCCCUUUCAUUCCUCAAGAUUCCGGGCUCGGAGCCAUGGGAAACAGUUUGCCUCAGGGUAUCAGUGGUGCGCCUAGCACUUUCAUACCUCGUCAGACCCUCAACAAUGGCGACGACUCGAGACCGCCAGGUGGAAGCUGUUGCUCUCAAAAAGCUCAAGCACCAGUGCAAACCAAGCCUCAAGCUUCUUGUUGUAAGAAGCCUGAAAGUACCACUCAAAAUGGCCACGACACUGAACAUACCACCGAGGGAUCGAGCGCCCCCUAUACGCCUUCUUUGAAUGCGACUUCAUUUACACCCAUUUCUACACCUCAGAUUCCUUCGUGGCAGGACUUCAAUGCAGCUGGACAAAAUCACUACUAUCAACCAUUUGUGUCGCACCAACAACCGACUGGGCAACCUGCAUAUGUGCCCGACUAUGCGUUACAUACAUCACCCAAGGCUGUUGCUAUGAGCUACCCCCAUCAGAACAUUGCCAACAGUAGUCUCACCCAAUCCUUCGUUCCGCAACCGUUUCCACAUGAUACUACUAAUUCCGGUUAUAUGGCACCGGCAACUCUCAACAGCGAUCCAACCCACAAUUGCAGCUGUGGUGAUAAUUGUCAAUGCCUGGGCUGUGCUUCUCAUCCAUUCAAUAACACCACGAGACAGCAUGUUCAAGAAAUGGGCCUUUUGGUGGCCUUUGACGGCGAGGACAAGGGCGUGGAAAAGAUGAACGGUUACCAGACCCCCUCUUUACACGGCAGACAGCAUAGUGCUACACACCUGGAUUAUUCAUAUACGAAUUUCCGCCAUGCCUUCAAUAAUGGUACACAAAAUCUUAUGAUGCAUUCCUAUGGUGAACAGAACCCAACCCCACGCAUACUUGGGAAUGGAUAUUCGUCUCCACCAGCGGAAUACCUCUCAGAGCAACAUUUUAUGGAACCUUCAGAUGUGGAAAUGAUUGUAGCUGCGUAG